UUAAUCGUAUCUGUAACAGAUCCCAGUUCAAAAACAAAUGGGUUUAUAUUUGUUAGAAUACAAGGUGGUUUCCAUGAGAUCCGGAAUUCGAUUUGUGAUGUGGUUGUGGUUUCUCGACUUCUUAAUGCUACCUUAGUAAUUCCUGAGAUCCAGUCAACUACAAGCAGCAAGGGGAUAAGUUCUGAGUUCAAGAGUUUUGCAUACCUGUACAACGAGGACCAGUUCAUGGCAGCGUUAACAAAAGAUGUCAACAUUGUGAAGACCCUUCCAAAAAAUCUCAAAUGGGCAAGGAGAAAGAAGGAAAUUCCAAGUUUCAAAGUGCGUCACUCAGCUUCUCCAUAUUAUUAUCUGAACCAAGUUCUCAUAGUAUUGAAGAAGCAUGCAGUGGUUGAACUAGUUGUAUCUGAAGGUGGAUGCUUGCAGGCCACCCUUCCGCCUGUACUUGAACAUGUUGAAGAGCUACAAAGGCUGAGAUGUAGGGUUGCUUUCCAUGCCCUUCGGUUCCGGCAGGAGGUCCAGGAACUUGCCACCAAAAUUUUAUUGAGGUUACAGGCUCCUGGACGGCCAUUUAUAGCUUAUGACCCUGGGAUGACCAGAGAAGCUUUAGCAUAUCAUGGUUGUGCUGAACUCUUCCAGGAUGUUCAUACGGAGCUCAUCCAGCACAAAAGGUCUUGGAUGAUAAAACGUGGGAUUGUCAAGGGGAAGCUUUCAGUGAAUUCGGCUAAGCAACGACUUGAUGGUUCUUGUCCAUUAAUGCCAGAAGAGGUUGGUAUUCUUCUUCGUGCGUAUGGAUACUCGGGGGACACAAUAAUAUAUGUCUCUGGUGGUGAAGUCUUUGGUGGCCAAAGGACGUUGAUUCCUCUUCAUGCGAUGUUUGAAAAUGUUGUUGAUAGGACUUCCCUUAGCACCCCUUGGGAGCUCAGUAGUCUUUAUGGUCGUGAGGCUAACCUCAUUAGCAGUUAUCCUGGAACUCCACCUUUAAUUGAGAAAGAGAUGAAGCAUGAAGCUUGGAAAACUGCAGGGCCACGUCCUCGCCCGCUUCCACCACCUCCAGCACGGCCAAAAUCAUAUAACAUUGAAGGUUGGUGGGGUUGGGUGGCUGAGAGUGACAAUGAGCCUGAGAGUACAGUGAUGGAGUUGCGGACCAAUGCCCAUAAAUUGCUAUGGGAAGCAAUCGACUAUGUGAUAUGUGUUGAAGCUGAUGUUUUCAUCACUGGUUUCGAUCGUGAUGGCAAGGGACAUCCAAAUUUUGCCAGCUUGGUAAUGGGGCACAGACUCUACCAGUCAGCUGCAAUGAAAACAUUUAGGCCAGACAGAAAAGAAGUUGCCAAGCUUUUAGACGAAAUUGGUGGCCAUCUAUAUCAUGCCAACCAUACUUGGCUAACAUCAGUACGCAAGCAUAUGAGAAAGAGAUUGCUGGAUGGACUGAUAGAAGCAUCCACGAAUUCAAAACCAAAAUCUUUUCUCUCUCAUCCAGUCCCUGAAUGUUCUUGCCUGAUGCAUGACUCUACUGAAACAUCAAUUCAUGCUUCAAGUCCUUCAACUCAGUCUCAAGUUCAGGCUGCUCUUGGAACUGCACAUCGAUGCCCUGCUUGGAUGGACGGUGAUUUGAUAAUGCGGUCAAAAGACAAGGAUAAUGAAGAAGAUCUUGAUGAAGAUGAUUCCACAUCAUCUGGAUUGUUUUUUCGACCUAGUAGUGAAAAUCAUGAAAGUGGAGGUGGGGAGUCAAACAACAAAGAAGAAGCUCAGCUGGAUGAUCAAGAGGAGCUCGAUGGUGGAGAAAGAUAGUCUCUUUGCAUGCCCAUGACUUUUAUCCUCAUCUGCAUUUGUACAUAAGUGACAAUUUCCAUUGCCUUUUCCAAGAAAGGUUGGAAUUUUUUCUUGGCUUCAGUUCAACAAGACAAGCAAGCUCUAACUGUGGCACAAGAAGUCUUUGACUUGGGGCAAUUCUAAUUCAACUCAUGUCAGUUCAGACAUAUGUACCCUUUUACGAAGUAUUGGAUAUAGUUUAGCUCAAUCCCCUUACGAGGAAUAGCGUCUUCCUUUUUUCAAUCAUGUAACCACCCAACAACUUUGAUGUAACUCGGUAUGUCUUCAUUGGAAAUCUCAAAAUCUAAUUGUCUGUUGUAGGA